AUGGUCUUUCUGACUCCAAGUUCAGCAACCAAACCACUGUCAUGCCUCAACCUACUGACUCCAUUCACAGAGACCAUCGGUUUCUUCACUUCCCACCUGGAUGGCGAAGUUAUCCUGAGGUCAAACAAGAAAGGUGAAGGGAAUGAGCCUCCAUUAACUAUUCAUGAGUUGGUGCAUGAAACUGUCACGAAGUUUCCUGAUUUCAUUGCUCUGGGGACAAGGAAAACGAACGAAUGGGAAACCCUAACCUACAUCGAGUACUACGAGUUGUGUCGGAAGGCGGCCAAAUCCUUCCUCAAGCUUGGCCUUGAGCGUUUUCAUGGCGUGGGGAUCCUGGGCUAUAACUGCAUUGAGUGGCUCAUUGCUGACAUUGCCAGUAUUUUUGCCGGAGGCAUUUCUGUGGGCAUUUUCCCCAGCAACAGUUCCCAAACCUGCCGGUUCAUUGCUGAAAACUCUGAGGCCAACAUCUUUAUGGUGGAGGAUGACUGGCAGCUUCAGAAGAUCCUCAAGAUCCAGGAUCACUUACGUCAUCUGAAAGCUAUUGUCCAAUAUAAAGACAAACUCACAAAGAAGAUACCUAACAUUUAUUCUGUAUGUAUGAGCCAUAAAGGGGCCAGGGGACAGAGAUGGGAAGACAGCUAUUUAAAGUACAGGUGGGAAGAAUUCCUCGCUCUAGGCCUAACUAUUUCUGAUGAAACACUGGACAGAAUCAUUGAUUCCCAGAAGCCCAACCAGUGCUGUAUGCUGGUCUACACCUCAGGGACCACUGGAUCACCAAAGGCAGUUAUGAUCAGUCAUGACAAUAUCACGUGGACUGCGGCAGCUGUGCUCCAAAGCCUUCCCUACACUUAUCCCCCUGAAAAUCAAGAGAUCUUGGUGAGCUACCUCCCCCUCUGCUUGAUCACUGUUCAGAUAUUUGAAGUCUGGAUCCCUCUCACCACUGGGGCUUCCAUCUUCUUUGCUGAUUCUGAUGCCCUGAAGGUUCAGGGAUCUCUUAUAAACACACUGCGGGAGGUGAGACCUACUACCUUCCUUGGAACCCCCGCUGUCUGGGAAGAGAUACAGGAGAAACUGAAGUCAGAUCAGAUGUCAGCCACCCCAUGGAAGAAAACUGUGAUUGAUUGGGCCAGGAAAGUGGGAUUAAAAACCAAUUUGAGACGUGAUGAUGAGAGGACCUAUGCUCCUGUUGGCUACCGUGUGGCCAAGAAGCUGAUAUAUGAGAAGGUGCGCCGCAUUCUGGGCCUUGACCGCUGCCUCCAGUUUCUGACCACAGGUUCUGGCCUCUCCAGGGAAAUUCAGGAGUUCUUCAUGAGUUAUGACAUCACCCUGUUGCCGAUGUAUGGGAUGACAGAGUGCACGGGACUUCAUUCUGUCUCCAGUGAGAGAGACUACAAGUUGUUUAGCUUUGGGAAGGCAAUUGUAGGUGCCAAAAGCCGGCUCCGGAAUGAAGACCGAGAAGGCUUGGGCGAAUUCUAUCUCUGGGGCAGGCACCUUUCCAUGGGUUACCUGAAUAAUGAAUAUAAGACAAAAAAGGCCUUUGACCAGAAAGGUUGGCUGCACACCGGAGAUAUGGGCUUCCUGGAUAAUGAGGGCUAUCACGAAAUCACCGGCAGGAUAGAAGAAGUUAUCAUUACCAAUAGAGGGGAAAAAAUCUUUCCUGUUCCAAUUGAGAAUAUGCUGAAGGAUAAUAUACCCAUUGUCCACUAUGCUAUGAUCGUGGGAAACCAAGCCAGGUUCCUGAGUGUAUUGCUGACACUAAAGUGUGAGAUCAGUGAGGAUACAGGCGAGCCCCGUAACGUUUUGACACAAGACGCCAUCCAUUUUUGCAGAAAGAAUAAUAGUAAGUCCACCAAAGUGACAGACAUUAUAAAUAAUCAAGACCCCAUCAUUGACGCAAUCAUACAGAAGGCCAUCGAUGCAAUCAACGAGAAAACUGAACUUGAGUCUCACAAGAUCCUCAAAUGGAAAAUCUUAGAGAAGGACUUCUCAAUUAUGGGUGGAGAACUAGGUCCAACCUCGAAGCUGAGACGGUUACAAGUCAGCAGAAUGUAUCAAACGAUAAUCUCCGAUUUCUCUAUCUAG